AUGCCGCAAGCACCAAGAAUUUCGCCCACUGUAUGGGAAGCACACAGACCUCGCAUAACUGAGCUGUACGUCAAUCAAGACAAGACUCUCGAUGAGGUUAUCCAGAUCAUGGCCGAAUCUGGCUUCCAUGCUACGCAAGUCCACAAUGCAAUGAAUGUCAACUGGAAACUGCAAAAGAAUUACACCAAAGAGCAGUGGCAGUAUGCAAGACUUUUAGUUGAGAAGCGUCAGGCAGAGGGAAAAUUGACGAAACUCAGCAUUGAUGGCAAAGUCAUCUCGGAGAAGAGGCAAAAGAAAGAGGCGAGAAGAUAUCAUGUUUCACCAGCCGAAGAAGAACUCGCUGCUACUAUUACAUCUGGCGUGGUUGCUUGUACACCGCCAUCGCUCAACUCAAGGGUCGUUCUCCUCGAUGGUCUCCCUUGGCUGAAGUUCCGAGAAAGCUUUAAUAAACCAAUCAAGAGUCAGCCACCACUAUUCGUCCCACACCAACGAAACGAGUCACUUGGCUUUUGGGAAUUGGCAAAUAAACUACUAUCCGGCGUCUCGAAACACUCUAGCAUGGAAGCACAGAGAUUGCUUCAACUGGUGCCAAUGUUGGAUGAUUCUAUCAAAACACCUCAAAAACAAGAGCCAGCAUGGCUGAAAAUUUUCAACUCGCUGGUGUUUCUUUGCUCCAAUAAUCUGAUGGAACCCAGAAGCUCUGCCAACGAGCUUCUCCAAGUCGCCAUCUCGAGUGGCUUUCUCAUCAGAAUGAAACAUCUACUUACUACGAGGGGACCUACUGUCGAAAUAUUUGCGGUGCAUCUUCUGUUUGCGGCGCUCGGAGUCAAAGGAAGCAAAGGAAGGGAUUUCAUGCGUUUCUUACUCGAGUCUGGAGUCAGCCCCAACAGCGUUGAUCCGAAUGAUCGCAGAUACUCGGCGCUCCACAAAGCUGUGAGACUGGAUGACCGUGAAGCCGUUCAGCUCCUUCUUCAUUUUGGAGCGGAUCCAGAUGCAACGACACAGGACAGUAACAGGGAAACACUAGGAAGUCCUCUCAGUUACGCCGCGAGUAUAUAUUACGAUGGAACAAUCGCAGGCAUGCUAAUCGAUGCUGGGGCGGAUCUCAACUAUGGAUCUGGUAAGCCCUUGCUUCAGGCUGCCAGAAAAUCCCACUCGAGACUCGUGAAACGACUGCUGGAGGGUGGAGCAAAUCCAAGGUUGUUACCAGCAGACGGCCUUUCGAUGAUAUACUUUGCAAUCCGUCAGCACGAUUUAAACCUGGUCAACAUGUUGAUUGAAGCAGGGGCCAGUUCAAGCUUAUGCAUUGACCAACUUGAGGAUACGGAUGUUGCGUUCCUGAGAAAUGAGCUCCUGUUUCUCAUAGGCAAGAUUCUUACUCCCAUCCAGUUCGCAGUAUGCGAAGGCGCUGCCGAUAUUGUCAAACGUCUCAUCAAUAACGGGGCUAUCCUGGAUGAAUACAUCGAGCCCGAAAUGCUCAAGAGGAUGGGCCAAUCUCGACAUUCAGGGUCGUUGUCUCCGCUGCAGUUAUCGGUCCAGCGUAGCACGGACGAUAUCACCAAAAUCUUGCUAGAUGCAGGCGCCGGCAUCGACUUUCGACAUCCAGCCAAGGCAACGGCAUUACAAAUGGCAUGUGAACUAAGAAAUAGCGAUUUUCGAAAUCCAACCAAGGUAGCGGCAUUACAAAUGGCAUGCGGACUGAGAAAUAGAUUUAAGAACACAGAACUGAUCGAAUACUUGUUGAACCGAGGAGCAGAUAUAGAUGCUCCACCUGGGAAAGUUGGAGGGAGAACACCAAUCCAAAUUGCAACCGAAUGCGAAGAUUAUCAACUUCUCAAGCUUUUGUUGAGAAAAGGCGCUGGCCCUUUUGCCUCUACCUCAGAAACGGAUGGAAUUGCCCUUUUCCGAGCGGCUCUAAAGUCUGGCUCUGUUCAGUUUGUGGAUUAUGUACUCUCGGAACUCGUGAGUCAACGAGGGAAUGUCAACUGCGUCGAUGGGACGAACUACUUGGCAGAAGCGAUGUCCACGGGCAACCUGGAACUUCUGGACACAGUCAUGAUGUCCUGGAAAUGCCUUGGGUUACAGUGGCCCAGGGAAUUUAUCCUGUCAGCAGUCAAAGUCGCCAUCUGCAAGGGCUUGACAGACGACAUUAAGGUUCUCGAUCCUGCCUUAUCUUGCAUAAAACAAGAAGAUAUAUGCUCCAUGAUUUGCGAAUGUAUAUGGAGUGGAGAUCAGAAAACAUUCGACUUGUUGAUACAACGUUCUGUCAAGUCCAAGCUCGACUGUGCUCAGCCUGGAUACCCCACACCUCUCUGGCUAGCAUUGCACCAAGGCAAUCAUUACAUGGCACAACGUUUAGUCAAUGCUGGCGCCAACCCCAACCAGCAAUCACCGGCCAUAUGUCGCCGUGGUUGCUGUUGUCAUACCAGACUCGAGAUACCGCUGAAGCGGGCAAUAUAUCAAUCCGAUGGCAGAUUUAUAGAAAUGCUUGCCGACAAGGGAGCAGACAUACAUUCCUUGAUUGAUGGCAGCCAAGCACCGCUUCUCGUUUCUCUUGAGAGAAGCAACGAAAGCGCAGCUUUGUAUUUUCUUUCAAAAGGUGCAUAUCCGAACGCGGCGGAUCCUUUGAGUGGACGAACUGCGCUUGGGCUUGCUCUUAAACAAGUCGCCUCGCUCUCUACAGUCCAGUCACUUAUCAACUAUGGUGCAGAUGUCAAUAAGCCUUCCAUGUGGGGGACGCCACUUGUACAAGUCGCACGAGGACACAUUCGACAACAUGAUGCUAUAGAGAAAUGCCAGUUGCUCUUGAAAGCUGACGCCGAUGUCAAUGCAUCAACUGGAGAGACUGCCCUUCAGCUAGCUGUUGCUAAUAAUGAUGUGGAGCUUGCCAUGCUUUUAAUCAAAGCAGGAGCUGAUAUCAAUGCUUCAGGGCUCGGGGUGACUGCAAUCGAGGUGGCCGUUGCUAACAAAAACAAAAAACUGGCACAGCUACUUGUCGAAGCCGGCGCCAAUUUGAACAUUUUCUCAGUUGGAACAACUGUACUUCAGUUGACUAUUUCUGACAAAAACGCGGAGCUGGCCAAGUUCUUUAUUGAGCAGGGGAUGAUGAAUGUGAAUGGCUCGGCAAUUGGGCAAAUUGCACUCCAAAGGGCGGCCGAUAUUGGGGACUUGGAAUUGGUAAAGUACCUUCUAGACCGAGGUGCCAAUACCAACCCGAAAUCUUCUGGUCAGACAGCUCUGCAGUACGCCGCGAUGCGUGGCAAAAUUGAGAUAGUAAAGUGUCUCGUCGAACAUGGAGCCUCGGUUAACGAAGAAGCUAGCCCUUACUAUAAUGCGACAGCUCUAGGACUUGCAGUUGCGAAUAAUCGUACUCAGGCGGCCGUGUUUCUCGUUGAGAAUGGGGCUUGCGUCGAUACAAAUCCAGCCCAUCACGAAGGGUUCACAUGUCUGCAGCUCGCCGCAAGAUUUGAUAAUCAUCAAAUUGUCACUUGCCUCGUCGAAAAUGGAGCGACAGUCAAUGCAGCGCCCGCGACUAAAAGAGGAGCAACUGCUCUCCAAUUUGCAGCGAUCAAUGGCAACAUUGAUAUGGCCGUUUUCCUUCUCGAGAAUGGGGCUCGUGUCUGCGCCAAUAGAGCAGAGAUUGAUGGAAGAACGGCACUUGAAGGGGCAGCAGAACACGGCCGACUUGACAUGGUCCAUCUUUUGUUAGACAAUGACGAAGAACCUGACACGAUUGAGGAAAGGUGUCGCCAUGCAGCAGAGUUUGCAGAGGCUGAACACCAUGACGUGAUUGCUAGGGUAUUGAGAAACUACAAAAGGCCAUAA